AUGUGGCUAAAAGCUGUGGUGCUUCUUGUGCUCCUAAGUUCUGAGGUUAGCCUGCUUCCAUAUACGAGUGAUGGAACUGAGUCUGACCCUAAGUGGAGCCCCUUUGAGAAAACUCAAGCAAGAGUUCCAGGUGAAGAGACUUUAUCCACAAAACAAGUUGGUGCUUCAUGUUCAUUUUUGAAAUUACCUGAAUCUCAGCAAAUCCUGGCUUCUGAUGUCCAAAAAGUCUUUUUCAAAUCAGAGGCUGGCACCAGACCACUGCCUGAUGUGUUGAAGUCUAUCUUGUUGCCACCACCUACUAAGAAACCAGUAUCUGUUCAAGAUUCUCAACCAAAGACGAUAGAGAUUUUGUGUCACCUUGACAGGAUUUAUGUGAGAGUUUUGAAGAAUUUGUUAACCAGUCUGGAUGCUUGGAAAAAUCUCAAAGUGGGCACAUGUGUAGUGAAUCAAAUGACCUCAGGGUAUUACUUCUUUCUGUAUGCUAUCAACAGCUGUGGAGUUAAGCGUCAGGAAGAUGAAGAUCGGGUCACUUUUUCAAACACGCUCACUUAUGAGCCAGUAACUAAUGGCCUAUUCACUCGGGAACUGUUAACCUGGAAUGUCAUUACACCAAAGACAUGGAAACCUCUUGCUAACUGGCAAAGCUUUGUAGCCGGCCAGCCCAUGUACUUUGUUGCCAAAGCUCCCGAGUCUCAAGAAGGAAAGAGGCUUUAUCUGAACAAGUGCUACAUCACUACUUCUCAAGACCCUGAAUCUACACCUAAAUACACAGUGUUAGACAACUAUGGAUGCAUGGUGGAUGGGAAGAAUACUCCACAAUCCACUUUCUUUCCCAGCAAUUCCAUGACUACAGUGCGGUUUGCAGUGGGAGCCAUUUUGUUCAAAGAUAUGGUCAGGCCUGGAACACAGAAGAGUAUGUUCUUUCACUGUGAAAUGACUUUGGGGCCGGAAAGUGCAACUCUAAGCGCAAAAUCAUGUUUAUACAAGACUAAUACAAAACAGUGGUCUGAGUUGUAUGGUAAGGACCAUGCUUGCUGUGACGCUUCUUGUCCUUCUCCAGAAUCUUUGAUAGCUGUAAAAAUGAUCAGCAGCGACGCUUGGGAACUUGAAUAUGAAAGUGAGUAUGACACACCUGUACCAAGGAAUUUUAAGUCAGAGGAAGAAGACCUGGAUAAAACUGAUUUCGACAUGUUCUGGGAUUAUUAA